AUGGAUUCCAAUUCCGCCUUGUCACAUGCGAACAACCUCCUCGCGCGCGCGGAAUCCUCAGGCCGCCCACCGGUGUACAAGGCCGUCGGUAUUUCACUGGCUGUUGCAUCGGGCGUCUUCAUCGGUAUCUCGUUCGUGGUGAAGAAAAUCGGACUGCUGAAGGCAAACGUGAAGUACAAUCAGGAGGCCGGUGAGGGAUAUGGAUAUCUGAAGAAUUUCUGGUGGUGGAUUGGCAUGACGCUCAUGAUUGUUGGAGAGAUCUGCAAUUUUGUGGCGUACGCAUUCGUCGAUGCGAUUUUAGUUACGCCGCUUGGUGCGCUAUCGGUUGUGAUUACGACGAUUCUGUCGGCGAUUUUCCUCAAGGAACGACUCAGUUUCGUGGGGAAGAUUGGCUGUUUCUGUUGUAUCAUCGGGUCGGUGACUAUUGCUAUGAAUGCGCCUGAACAGUCGUCUGUCAAGGAUAUUCAGGGCAUGCAGCAUUUUGUUAUUCAGCCUGGGUUUCUGGUCUAUGCUGGAUUGAUCAUCGUUGGAGCUGCCUUUACGGCUCUUUGGGCUGGUCCACGUUAUGGAAAGUCGAGCAUGUUUGUUUAUAUCAGUAUUUGCAGUAUGGUGGGUGGGUUGAGUGUCGUGGCUACUCAGGGCCUGGGCUCUGCUAUUCUCGCUCAGAUCAAUGGCGAGGAGCAGUUCAAGCAUUGGUUCCUAUACGUCUUGCUUGUGUUUGUUACUGGGACACUGCUUACCGAGAUUAUUUAUCUCAAUAAAGCGCUUAAUCUUUUCAAUGCCGCUCUUGUCACCCCGACUUACUAUGUGAUGUUCACUAGCGCUACCAUUAUCACUUCCGCCAUUCUGUUCCAGGGUUUCAAGGGCACAGGAAUCCAAAUUGCAACUGUGAUCAUUGGGUUUUUCCAAAUAUGCGCCGGUGUGGUAUUACUGCAGCUUUCCAAAUCUGCCAAGGAUGUCCCCGAUGCUGCUAUUUUCAAGGGCGAUCUAGAUCAGAUUCGAGAGGUUGCCGCGGUAGAAGAGCCCGAGUCUGAGCCUAAAGCAGACUCCAUUCGCGGUGCGGCCUCUAUCAUUCGUCGCAUUUCGACUGCUCGCCGUACUAUGGAAUCAGAUGAAGCCCGCCGUUUCUUCCGUGAUAAGCAUGAGGAUACCCUGACAGUGCCAGGCGAGAAUGAGAUAAUUGAAUGGGAUGGCCUGCGCCGGCGCAAGACUGUCCUUGGUGACGGACCAACCAUGGCACGACCAAUCACACCGCGAACACCCUCGGUCAAACAACAUCCACCGUGGGGCAUGUCCCGGUUGCCCGCUGAUGAGCAUGAGGAAGAUCAUCAACCUAGCACUAAGCAAAGCAGCCAUUCUUUCAUGGACAACAUUCGGUCUCGGGCUACCAGCGUGCUUCAUCCUUCCCAAUGGAAUGCUGUAAAUACAGGAGAGGAGAAAAGUUCUAACGUCAAUGCACAAUCAGUGGGGAUGACAGACAUGCCACACGAACGUGGCACUGCGGACACCGAAUGCCAUGGCGCCGGCGUGGCUGGAGGGUUGGAGGCUCCGUUCAACGCAAAUCGUCCGCGUAGCGAUACGCCGCGGUCUAUAUCAUGGGCAGACAAAAAGCCCGACUCCCUGGCACCCGAAUCUCUCGCCAACACUACCCGCCGCCAGUUCUCUUUUAACACCAUGAUGGGCCGUACGAAGACCGACAGCGAAUCUUCCGUCAACCCCGUACCAGGUUCGCCCCGUGGAAUCCUACGACGAACGCACCUAGCAGCCGAUCUACGCAAGUCCGCAACUGAGGAAGAAUCACUCGGUCUCGUCCACGGCGACUCACGCAAUUCUCAGCCCGAAGAAGAACCCCUGAACGAAAAGCUAGACCGCUGGUCGAGUGCCGAGUCAGAACUUGGCGAGCCCCAGCCGAUCUUCGCAGGGCGACCACACGGCAACUCCGUGUCCAGUAAUACGACCGCCGCUUUUCCCCCCUACGAGGACAACUACAACGACUACUCUGAAUCCAACAACCCCUACCAUCUCCCGCACAACCGACAAGUCACCUUAUCCCCAGAACCCCUCUCCCAUGAAGAGGAGGGUUGGGGACAACCUUCAUCGAGGGGCAGCGGCAGCAGAAUACACACACAGACAGACUCUUCCGUCCAUGCCCAAUCUCGCGCCCCACCUCCCGCCCAAUCCUCCUUCUCCACCCACCGCUAUCCAAAUCCGCUCCCGCCACUCCCUGAUAUCACACCCACCACCACCCUCGAUCUCAUGCCUACUUCAGCAGAAGUGUCGGGGUUUAGACCAGUCACUUCCCACUCUGAUGUGGUAACAGCUCAGACAAGAGGCCACGAUAACCCCUCGCCUACCUACCCGGCUCGCCAACAGAGCGGCUGGCGUCGGCAUAUGUCUGACAACAGCAGCCAUGACAGUGAGACAUAUGCUGCGCGCGGAGGUAGGAGAGGAUCGUUUAGAUGA